GCCGCUCGCUCGCUCGCCCUGAAGGCAGCAACAUGGCGGAGGCUGCUUUCGGGAGUUCCAGCCCAGUUGGGUCGCUGUCUUCCGAGGACCAUGAUUUCGACCCCACCGCGGAGAUGCUGGUCCACGACUGUGACGACGAGAGGACUCUGGAAGAGGAGGAGAUGAUGGACGAGGGUAAAAACUUCAGCUCUGAGAUUGAAGACUUAGAAAAGGAGGGAAGCAUGCCUCUGGAGGACCUGCUGGCCUUCUAUGGCUACGAACCCGCCCUCCCAGCCGUGGCCGAUUCCAGCGCAAACAGCUCCCCCAGCGAACUCGCAGACGAGCUGCCGGACAUGACACUCGACAAGAUCCCCGGGGAGCUUCCCUCGCCUUUCCGAUCUCAGGCAGGGAGAGGAAUCCACAUCUUGGAACCUCUUCCUGAGGAAAUAGCGAAAGACCUCUUGUCAGGGGACGAUGAGGAGACGCAGUCUUCUGCAGACGACCUGACGCCCUCGGUGACUUCCCACGGGACUUCCGAUUUCUUCCCCAGGCCUCUGCGAUCAAACACUACUUGUGACGGAGAUAAGGAGUCCGAGGUGGAAGAGGUGGAGACAGACAGCGGCAACCCCCCUGAGGACCUGAGGAAGGAAAUAAUGAUCGGCUUACAGUACCAGGCGGAGAUCCCCCCUUACCUCGGGGAGUAUGACGGCGAUGAGAGAGCCUCCGUGAGUGAAGACCAGCUGCUCUGGCGCCCCGGCGUGGUCCUGGAGAGCAGCGUCAAGGAGUACCUCGCGGAGACCGCCUUGCGCACAGGCAGCGAGAGGAGGGCGGACCGGCUCCCCGCAGGGGCGCUCACGAGGGACGACGAGCAGGCACUGUAUGAGCUGCUCAAGUGUAACCAUAACAUCAGCGAAGCUGUCGAAAGGUACUGCCGCAGUGGAAAGGCUCAGGAGGGGACGCCGGCGUGGACAGAGGACGAGUGCCGCAGCUUCGAGCACGCCCUCAUGCUCUUCGGGAAGGACUUCUAUCUCAUACAGAAGAACAAGGUGAGGACGCGGACAGUCGCGGAGUGCGUGGCCUUCUACUACAUGUGGAAGAAGUCGGAGCGCCACGAUCACUUUGCUCAGCAGACACGGUUCGGAAAGAAGCGAUACAACCACCACCCUGGUGUUACGGACUACAUGGAUCGUUUGGUGGAUGAAACAGAAGCUCUGGGCGGGACGGUCAGUUCUUCCGCCUUAACCUCUGCCCGCUCUGAGCCUGUUCCUGACCCACCGCUGAACAUUCUCACCUCCUUCACUGCGAGUGACCUGACAGCUCUGAGCAGCAGUGUCGCGACCAGCUGCAGCCCCACGGAGGCGGGCUCUCUGGACGGCGGCUUCCCUCCCCUGGGCAGCACGCCGCGGGGGCAAGGGAGCCACGUGCCGGCGGUGACGGAGGAGCUGCUGGCCCUGCCCAGCAGUGGGGAGAGCGACUGCUUCCACCUCUUUGAGACUGGAUUUUACCACUCGGAGCUGAACCCCAUGAACAUCUGCAGCGAGGAGCCCGAGAGACCAGCCAAGAGGUUGAAGAUGGGCCUUGCUGUCCCUGAGCCCUUCAUGAACGAGGUUUCUGUGAACAGCUUGGGUGUGGACUUCGAGAAUCACACGCACCACAUUGCCAGCGCCAAGAUGGCCGUGUCUGUGGCCGACUUCGGCAGCCUGUCUGCCGGCGAGACCAACGGCUUCCUGAGCGCCCACGCGCUGCACCAGCACGCGGCCCUGCACUCCGAGUGACCGGGCGCCUGGGCGCGGACGGCCCGGGGCGCGUAGUC